UCUGAGAGCUUGUAAACAGAAUCGACGAUGACAAGUGUCAAAUCGUUGACAAAAAACAUAAUCGUUCUAAAGUAUUUGGUGUGCGUAGAUAAAAUUUAAUCGUCGAUUCAUUUUAAAUUAAAAUCAAACAAUUUGAUUUCAUUUGUGUUUUGGAUUUUAAAGAGGAAAAAAAAUGUCCAGCGUUGGUCGUCGAUCGAUCGCUCAUCGUUAUUUAACUAGAGCAGCGGCAGCAACACAGGCCACAACAUCAGAAACAAUUACGACAAUCGAUUUGACAGCAAUCGAAAAUGAGUUGUCCGAAACGAUUGCCCAGCCAACUGGUGGAAAUGAAGCGGCUCAAAAUGAUUUAUAUCGACAAUUGCAAGAUCUAGAACAUGACGAUGUUAUUCGUAAUACUGAAUUUAUCUUUUGCAUCAGUUGUGAUCAUUUCAUCGACGUGUAUGAUGGUAUUUUGGUGCGUGAGUGUUUACAUCAAAUUUGUAUCGAUUGCAUUCGAAAAGUGGUGAUUGCCUGUGCUGAUGUCGAAGUAAAAUGCCCAAAAAAAGAGUGUCCGUACUUUCUCCAAGAUCGUGAAAUUCGUUCAUUGCUCACACCGUCGGAGUAUGAACUGCAUUCAAAGAAGUACACACUUGCUGACGCCGCGACUAAUCAUAACAACAACAACAACGAAAAAUUGUACGAAGAACUGAUGAAAUUGGAGGAACAAGGCGUUAUCUAUAACACUGAUGGGUUCGAAUGCGAAAUAUGUUACUCUGACAUCGAGGCCCAUGAUGGGGUCAUCAUACGGGACUGUCUGCACAAGUAUUGCAUCGAUUGUGUUCGGCAAACGAUCAUCCAAUCGGAAGAAGUGCAAAUCAAAUGUCCAGCGAUUCAGUGUGCCGGCUUCAUUAUGGAUCGAGAGAUUCGGUCGCUGUUGACUCAAUCUGAAUUCGACAAACACAAUCUCAAGAUGUUACGCAUUGCCGAAAGCCAAGCUCCGAAUUCAUAUCAUUGCAAAAAGGCUAAUUGUGAAGGUUGGUGUCUCGUUGAAGACGAAGUAAACACAUUCAAGUGUCCACGGUGUUCAUCAUUGAAUUGUUUGUCAUGUCAGGCUAUUCAUGCGGGUCUUAAUUGUAAGGAAUAUCAAGACGAUCUUCGAUACGCCGGUAUGAGCGAUACGCAAAAAACUGAAAUGCAUCUUGAUGAAAUCGUCCGCAAAAACGAAGGCAUGCGAUGUACAACAUGCAAGAUUGUGAUCAUGAAACGAAUAGGUUGCGAUUUUCUAAUCUGUUCCAUGUGUAGGACUGAAUUGUGCUGGGCAACAAAAAUGAGCCGCUGGGGACCAGGCGGUCAUGGUGAUACAAGCGGUGGCUGUGGCUGUCGCCCAGGUAAACGUUGCCAUCCGAAAUGCAGAAAUUGCCAUUAGAAACACUCAUCCAUGAUUAAGGACUUCAUUUAGUGUUAAGACAAUCGCAACAAUUAAAUAAUUAUCUUUUUUUUUACAUUGCCUUUCCAAUUGUAUAAGGCCUUUCCUCAUAUGAUAUCUAUUUAGUAAGCACCAAUUAUGUGAUUGAAAUUGAAGUUCAAAUAAAUGGCAUUUGCUUUGGAAAGUA